AUGUCAGGAACAGUGGCAUCUUCCAGUUCGGGACCCAUGUUGGUGAAGGACAAUACUGUUCAUCCCAACAUUCCGCCUAUGAGUCCUGGGGAAAGAAUUGUUCGAUCCUACCGACGCUCACGUUCCGGUUGUUAUAUUUGUCGCCUGCGGCGCAAGAAAUGUGAUGAGAACCGUCCAAGAUGCUCGACAUGCAGCAAGCUCGAUAUUACCUGCGAAUACAAUGAACCGACCUGGUGGAGAAAUCUCGAACAACGACACAUACAUAAGGAGCGGAUUAAGAGGAGACUCAGGGUUGCCAAGGUCAUGGAAAAGGAAAAGAACCUGCAAGAAUUUAUCGAUCGCACUCUUCCUUCGAGCAAGAGGCGCGUCAAUGUCAACUUGCCCCCGUCGCGCGAAAGCUCAUACGAAUCGGACGCGGCGUAUAUGCAGACUCCACCCCUACCAUCAAUGUCCUCUCCCUAUGGCUUCGACUUCAAUGACAUCUCAUCCUGGCAAGGUCCAACUACGUCUACCUUAACCAGCCUUGGUCCUGAGCAAAUGCCAAUGCAGCUUCCCCCGCUUUCUGCGCUCCCACAACAAUUGCCCACAACGCAAAACUUUCACCAGAUGUCCCAGUUUGCGCCAAUGCUACCUCCCAAUCAGAACCACUUUCCCAGAGCACCGAUCAGCAGUAUUCUCAACAGCUGCACCAAACCUGUCAACGAAGCUGAAAGGCCCCUACUCUACCAUUUUGUCGACAAUGUGCUGCCACUAAUCUUCCCCAUUCUAGACGUUCAUCCGCGGAGUCGUGCCCGCACACGCGAGAUUAUUCGGGCCCUAGAGACGAACAAAUCCUACUAUCACUGCUGUCUUAGCGUGUCGGCUAUUCACGUCAAGACAGUGAACGCCAGUAUUAGCUUGAAAGCUGACGAAAAAGUCAUUGAUGAUAUCAUGCGGCAUCGGUAUGCUGCCGUCUCAGCCCUGCACCAGGCUUUGAAAUCCAGCAAUCAUCAUGACAAGGUGCUGGACGGAACACUUGCAACAAUACUAUUCCACUGCGCUGUUGGCGAACCAGACGAUUACCUGCCGGAGAUCCCGUGGUACGAACACUUUUCGGCGGCCGCAGACCUCGUCAAUAAGCUUGGAUUGAUCGAGACGAAGCCCCAGGUCUCUCUACCGUUCAACAUGUCGCUUACUACCUGGAUCGAUAUUCUCGGUGCCACAAUGAUAGGCAAGUCACCCAAGUUCGCGCACACGUAUCGCUCGAAACAUCUCAAUGGUGUAUCGUCUGGUUUGCGGGAGCUGAUGGGCUGUGACGAUCGCGUUAUGUACCUGAUUUCAGAGAUUGCGUGUCUCGACUCCUUGAAGCGUGAGCGACGGCUUGACGAGUAUUCUAUAUGCCAUCACGUCUCUGCCCUGAGUGGACAGCUAGAGUAUGCGGAAGGCAGUAGCCCGGAGAACCCGAUCUCAGCGUCUGGUGUUGUGAAUCCAGAGAAGCUGACCAAGAACGUGACUGCCGUUUUCCGCGCUGCAGCUCGAGUUUAUCUUUCCACCCUUGUGCCCGGCUAUGAGCGCACUCAACAGAGUACAGCCAAUUUGGUACAAGCAGUCGCCGAUCUCCUUCUGUUCAUUCCCGAUGGCCCUUGGGGGUUCGACCGCUCGAUCGUCUGGCCUCUACUGAUAGCUGGAGUAUACUCGACUCCAGGGAGUAAAUUCCGCGAUAUACUGGCGAAGCGAUCGGAACUACUGGGAGAAGGAGCAGAAUAUGGCAGCUUUGGCCGCAUGUACCGCGUACUGAAAGAGACCUGGAGACUUUCGGACGACACCACGACACAGAUCCACACGGAGGCGAACUACCUGCUGCCUUCGAUGAAUCUCAAGCAGGGUCCAGAUGGAUCUUCAAUUCCACCACCCGCGAUCGAAACAAUCGGUCGACCCAUCAAAAAGCAGGCUGUCCACUGGCGAGACGUGAUGAAACGCCGAAAUUGGCACUACCUGCUAUUAUAG